GACAUACAGACAGAGAGCCUGUACAGUAUGUCGUUUGUUGGGCAAGAGAAGGAGAGGGGUGACGGUGAGCAGCAAAAGGUGAGGAGAUCGCUGCAUACCCAUCAUCGAGUCACACUUACAGCUCUUUUCGAAGCACUGAAAAACAAGGUGUGUCCAUCCAGUCAGUCUGCUCACAACUGUGAGGCUUCUUCUGAUCAAAGAAGUCCUGCCAAGUGGAAAAUACUUGAUCAUGCAAUGGGAUUCCUUCUGGAGAAGGAGGCAUACCUCAGCAAACUUCUUGCUCUGAAAGAACUUUACCUUGAGGAAGAUGGAGGACCGAGGAGUUUGGAAGACGUACAAGAGCAGUAUAGGAGGCUCUAUUCUGAACACUUGUCCCCAUUAAACAGUCUACACAUCGGUGGACAUAGCUGUACAAAUUGUGUACCUGAUAUGGUUGAGGGCCACAAGAGCAGUGAGGUAGACUCAAGUGAGGAGGAAACAGAUGAGCUGCCUCAGUCCCAGUCAUCUGUCCCCAACAUCCAGGAGUUUGAGGGAUAUCUCUUUUUCUACAGCGAGACUCUUGAGCUCCUUUUGCGCAGUGGAGUGCUUACUCCAGAUCAGAUGGGCCUGUCUGUAGUGUCCGAGGCCAUCUCAGACCUUUGGCGCUCUCUACCUCCAGAGCGAAGGGCAGAAGCACAACAACACGUUCUAGACCAGAACUCUGUCUCAUGGGAAGGCCAAACUGGGAUCACUGCCUCAGUUCUGACCUGCUUAAAUCAGUCUGCAUCUCAUGUUUUUGAGGAGGAUCUACUACAGGAUGCCUAUGAUGUGGUGCAGAGGGAUAUGGAUGCUGCUUCAGCAAACAGGCCUGCAGUACUGCAGAGCUGUGACUACGAGAGGCUGAGGCAAAUCUACCAGGACAUCUCAGGCUUCAUUAAAAACCACAUGGCUGAGGAUCAGGAGCUUCCGCAGGUAGGAAAGGCUGAGGAUCUUCCCCAAGCGGCUGAGUAUGAAGAGCAUCUCCUGAGGUGUUCGGAAAUUUUCGAUGAAGAUUUCUAGCCGGUUCCACCUGCCGUCAUAGCGGAUGUGUUCCAUUCGAUCGGAAAGCGAGUUCUGAGGUGUUGCUUUCUCAGUAGGUUCAUAUGAAAUGUGAAGGAAAACUAUAGAAACAGUUCAGUUCUCGCUAAUUGUAAUAUGUUUAAUGCCAUUUCUGUACGCUGUGGGAGUUCCAGGGUUCUGUUCUUAUUAUGUUAUAAAAAAAUUGUCCAGGCAAGGUAAGCAGUUACAAAUUGUGUUUGCAGUGCUAGUAGUCACCUGUACUUUGAUUGCUCUGCAUGGUCUCUCAUCAGUCAGCGUCUGCCCUGCUGUGAACGUUAAACGUUAAAUCCAACGUAGCUGCUAGAUUAGAUAUUGGCUGUCUCCCUGUGACUGAAACCUCGCCUCUGUUAUUAAUACACCUGCCUGUGAAUAAACAUCUCACACAAGGUGAUUUAUCU